GGUUUAUUGUUUUCUUCUACUUUAUGUACUAAUCUGACAAAAUAAUGGUCAGUAUGCAGUAUGCAGUAUGUACUGUGUGUAGUAUGCCGUUGGCGCCUUUUUUGGCUUCACCGCUAGAGGCGCUGUGGAGUCUGCAGUCAUUCUGGGGUAGCGAAGGCUAAUUAGCAUGUAACAAUGGCUACACAAGCGCUGGGCUCCGCUGCUGGAUGUACGACGAGUCAAGCCGGUUGUAGCGCUUCAUUGAGCCGAAGAAUGGACGGUGGACCGUGCUGUAAAUUCUGGGAAAGCCCGGAAAUAAUCUCUCAGUUGGAGACGGUUCGCAUCUGGAUUGGAAAGCAUUAUAAAAAGUAUGUACAGACUGAUGCUCCCUCCAGCAAGUCUCUGUCUGGGCUGGUCAUCCAACUGCUGCAGUUUCAGGAAGAUUCAUUUGGCCGUCGAGCAAAUAACCCAAGCUUUACAAAACUCCCAGCAAAGUGUUUUCAGGACCUAAGGCCAGGCGGUGCUCUCUGCCAUAUUCUGGGAUCAGUGUACAAGUUCAAGACAGAACAGGGCUGGAGACGCUUUGAUCUUCAGAACCCAUCCAGAAUGGAUCGCAAUGUGGAAAUGUUCUUAUCUGUGGAGAAAGCUCUGACACAGAAUAACUUAUUAAGCAGACCUGUGGUGUACCUGUCUCCUGAUCUUGAGCAGAAGCAAGCUCUUAAACUCAAAGACAUUGUUGUGCGACACCAGGGCACAGUGACAGAGGAGAAGUCCCAAGCCUCCCACCAAAUAUACCCAUCCCCCUCCACAGCAGAUGAAGAAGAGUGGCUUAGACCAGUAAUGCGAUUGGAUCGACAAGUGAUGGUGCAUUGGGGCAUGUGUCCAGACAGUUAUGACUCACUUAUAUCAGCAAGUGAUGUAGCUGGAGAAGUAGAGGAACCUCCCAAUCCAGACAGGUGCCGGAAGGUUAAUGCUAAAUGGGUUCUUGACACAGACACAUAUAAUGAGUGGAUGAAUGAGGAAGAUUAUGAGAUUGAUGAGAAUGGGAAUAGUAUGAGUUUCAGGCGGCGUAUCUACCAAAGCACAGAGAAACCUGGAAAGAAGCGGCGACGCUCCCCAUCUCCACCUUCUUCUGAGCCUAAGAAGAAAGGAGGAAAGAAAAGCUUAGGUGUGUAUAAGAGGCGUGGUCAACCAGAGGAAGCGGAGCCAGAGGAGGACCUCACUAAAGACAUGGAAGAUCCCACACCUGUCCCUAACAUGGAAGAGGUCAUUCUACCUAAAAAUGUGAACCUGAAAAAAGACAGUGAAAACACUCCAGUCAAAGGAGGGAUUAUGACUGAUUUAGAUGACCAGGAAGAAGACCUGCUUUCUGGUGUCCGAGAUGAGGAGGAGCAGAGGGAGUUCGGCCGUGGGAUGGAGGGGGAGGAGAGUGCCACAGAGCAAACGCAUCACAUCAUUGUGCCCACCUAUGCCUCCUGGUUCGACUACAACUGUAUUCAUCAGAUUGAGAGACGAGCUCUGCCUGAGUUCUUCAAUGGGUGUAAUUAGUUGCUUAUGAAAAUACUAUUUGUAUCAGGUUCAUCAUCCUUGAACUCUACAUAAACAUGUUCAUAUCUUGUUUGUAGAUAUCUUGCAUACCGCAACUUUAUGAUUGAUACAUACCGGCUGAACCCUCAGGAGUAUUUGAGCUCAACCUCCUGUAGACGAAACCUGACAGGAGAUGUGUGUGCACUUAUAAGGGUUCAUUCAUUUUUGGAGCAGUGGGGGUUGAUCAACUACCAGGUAGAUGCAGAAAGUCGACCCCUCCCCAUGGGACCACCCCCAACACCACACUUUAAUGUUCUUACAGACACACCGUCUGGACUCGUCCCACUACAGCACAGACCCUUACAGGUUUCAGCUUCUCAGCAUAUGUUGCAUUUCCCAGAAAAAUUGAGAGAAAAACCAUCUGACCUGCAGAACUUUGGUCUGCGGACUGAUAUUUAUGCUAAGAAACAUCCAAAGAGUAAAGGCGCUAGUGCAGGGAGAGAAUGGACAGAACAGGAAACACUCUUACUUUUGGAGGCUUUGGAGAUGUAUAAAGAUGACUGGAAUAAGGUGUCAGAGCAUGUGGGCAGUCGCACACAGGACGACUGUAUUCUUCACUUCUUACGGUUGCCCAUAGAGGACCCAUACCUAGAGAACUCUGAAGCCUCAAUGGGUCCUCUGGCCUAUCAGCCUGUCCCUUUCAGCCAGUCAGGGAACCCUGUAAUGAGCACUGUUGCUUUUCUUGCAUCUGUGGUCGACCCCCGAGUGGCCUCUGCAGCCGCCAAGGCAGCUUUAGAGGAAUUCUCAAGAGCAAGAGAAGAGGCCCCACCAGAGAUAUUCAGUGCCAGCUUUCACAAAACACAGCGACUCCGGCAUAAUUUAGAUCCGGCCUUCACACUCCAAACGGGCAGCAUUGCGGAACUUGAUCCUGACCAUUCAGAAAAUACUGAUGGGAGUGGUAUAGAAACGAUGAACACUGAAUAUGAGCAGCAUGAAAAGCUUGAGAGUGACAGCAUCUUGGCAGAGCGUGUGAAGAACGAGGAGAAAGAAGAGAGUGAAGGAGAGAGGGGAGAAGAGAGCACAGCAGAGGAGAGUUUUGACAUGGGCCUCACCCAAGGGGACGGGGAGGUGAUGAAGAGGAGGGUGGAGCUUGAGCUGGUGGAGGGAAACAUCUCCACAGCUGCUGCUGCAGCACUGGCCUCUGCAGCUACCAAAGCAAAGCACUUGGCUGCAGUAGAAGAGAGGAAAAUCAAAUCUCUGGUGGCUCUGCUGGUUGAGACUCAGAUGAAAAAGUUGGAGAUCAAACUGAGACACUUUGAAGAGCUGGAGACCAUUAUGGAUCGAGAAAAAGAGGCCCUGGAGCAGCAGAGGCAGCAGUUAUUGUCGGAGAGGCAGAACUUCCACCUGGAGCAGGUGAAAUAUGCCGAGAUGAAGGCACGGCAGAAUGUAGAACAGCAGCAACCAACAGGAGCUACACAGAGCAGCAGUAGUACAGCAUACAACCCUCUUCACCACGGUCAUUCGGUGGGCAGUGCUGGUCCUGGACAGAUCGUGGGUGCUCGGCACUCUGGAGCUCCCAAUGGCAUGUACCAAACUCCACUGUCCUCACAGGCGAUGGGGCCGCACCCAUGUAACGUCUUCAACGACUUAAGACCCAAACUCAGUUAGAUGACAUGAAGGACAUGGUCACAUCAUUAUCCACAUUCACCUUUACAAUAGCACUUCUUCUGUGUAUAUUUAAUAUUUUUAAACAUUGAUGCUGGCAUAUAAGGUUCAGAUUUGAGGCUUUUCGUUGCCAUAUCUGUCUGUACUUAAUGUUUGUACAUCUGUUUUUGUAUUGCCACCAAGUACUAAAACAUUUGUUUUAGUAAGAAUAAAUCUUUUAUAUGAAGUUA